CAUUGUGCCCAUGUGUCAAGGACAUUGUUCGGUGCGGACAAUGCAGCUAUCGAUUUUCAGAUCGUGAUCUGCGGCUGCUACGAUUCCGGCGAAAGUUUUGCUCUCUUUUUGCUAAGAUGGAGUUUAAAAACUGGAUGGAGGGAUGCAGUUGGAGUGGUUGCUUUUGGACACUUGUUUGGUGAGAUUUUUAUUGGAGAAAUGAGAAAGUGGAUCUCGAUGGACAGCAGAAAACCCUCCUGAAUAAAGCGAUGCAGAGCGUCCACCAGUCGGGCCUCUCCUUCUAUCGGCCUCCAGCUCUCUACCUGGACCCCAUUGUGAUCCGGAACCAUGUCCUGGAGGAUCAAGUGGAGCUGUGGUGGUCCAGAGAGCCGUGCCACUCCCUCCUGUGCUACACUGCCUCUGUCGCCCUCAUCCUGGGGCUGGGUUUUGGUGGCGUGGGCCUCCUCUCCACCACCACCACCAGCCUGUCAGGGGAGUGGCGCCUGGGAGUGGGCACCACGCUCUGUCUCCUGGCCCUGACUGUCCUCCUCAAACAGCUUCUCAGCUCCGCCAUCCAGGACAUGAACUGCGUGCGCAGCUGGCGUCGGAUCCAGCAGCUGAAGAGCGGCGGGCGAGCUGACCCGGCACUGAUGCUGGCGGUGGGCCUGGCGGUCAUGCUGUGUGGGGCGGUGCUGCUGGGCGUGAAGUUAGUUACCCGCCGGGAUUACGAUGGCAGGGAGAUGCUGGUGUCCGGACUGGUGCUGACAGUGGCUGGGCUGGCCAUGGUUCUAGCAGUUUCUGGAUACACUCUGACGGUGUUUCUGAGGAGACGAAAGGAGCUGAGGAGGAGGAGGAGGAUGAGAACUGCACGGAGGGAGCAGGCUAUCAGACUGCUGAGUGUCCCGGGAGUUCGGAUGAACCAGACCAUUAGAGACACAACUACCAGCAGAAUAACCCUGAUUUAGUUAAGUACCUGACGCUGGACUAUUUUAACUCUUAGGUAUCCACUUUCUACUGGACCCUUUGUUUCCCUUCUCAAGUUGCACACUGAUUUAAAUACUUAAACAGUCACAUUUUCAUUUAAAAAAAAAGAGAUGAUUUCUUGCUGAUAUGGAUUUGAAAUCUAGCUCUAAAAUAGUUUAAAGGGACUCUGGGUUAUGAAGGACGGAUGUGGAUCAGUCUUGAUGUAAGUGACCUGGUGAAGAAAGAGCAACGUCGAGCUACGCUCCAGUUCCAAAAAACUGUAAGUAAAUUUGCAUCUCUGUAACAGAACAUGUAAAUCAAAACACAGUGUGUCUGUGUCAAAAUACAUAAAAACUCCGCCUUCACCGACCCAUUAUUCCAUGCUCCCAAAAUGAAUCCAAUUCUGUGUCAUUGGCGUCAAUGUUUAUUUUCAUUUUUGUGUAUGUUUAUGUAGCAAGUAUGUUUUUUUUUUAUGUGUGAAGUUAGUCAAAAUUCCUUUUGUUGCUGUUGGUUUUUUUAUUUUUAUAUUGGGAGCUAUUACUUUGUUUGUGUUCGUGGACUGUUAUUUUGAAGGGCGACGCUCUGUGCUGUGACGGAAGUUCGCUGGACUCUAAUAAACCUGAAAACUGAGUGGAUACAUUUUGUUGGACCUGCAAAGGAAUAGAGGGGUUACGUUAGGAAGUGGCUUUUAGUGUGCUUUGAAUGAAGUAUUUCAUUGAGACAACUACAUGCUUUUACAGGUCUUACAGGCCGCAUUAAAUGGCAUUGAUAUUUCUUAUAAAAUUUCUCCACAACCCAGCGCCACGGAUGGGUUUCACUCACUUGAUAUCCUUGUCCGGAGCUUGUGGAUGUGUGGCUGUUUUUAUUGUUACUACUGUGCCUGCGCCUCUCCUUUUAUGGUGCAGUGCAAUUCAGCAGGCAGGUCACUGAUGCUACAGACGCAUGAAACCCCCUUGGAGAUUCGGCAGUGCAUCACAAUGGCAAACGUAAUAGAACAGCAGCGUGCAUGUCUCAGAAACGCAGAGGUAAAAAGAGACCAUGUGGAUUUCUAUUUGUUCCCUGGUGUGCUCACGCGCCUGAUAUCUUACCUCAGGAGACAGGAUGGCUCCACCCUGACAGUUCGCCCAGUGUGUGAGCCACUCCAGCCCCCACCUGUUCAACAUCAUGCUCCACAUGUUUUAUUUAAACCUCUGAUUGAAUUUCUGCCCCUGCAUCUCAUUUAUGCUGCAUUUGACAUGAACAUUGGCAAGGGCUGAAUUGGCUGGAAAAUAAAUAAUGUGCAUGUUUUCAUACCACGAUGGAUGGUAGGUCUCAGGCUUCAUAUUAUGCUUCACUGGAGAUUUAAUAAAGCUUCCUGGAUUCAUGCUUAUAUUUCCUCUGUUAUCUAAUUUGUCAAAAUUAUAUUGUGACCUUUUCAUAUGCGUUUUCU